AUGGCAGAAUCAAUUGUAUUUGACAUUGCGACUGAAGUUCUGACAAAGAUAGGCUCUCUUGUGGGUCGACAGGUGUCCUUGUUGUGGAAUCUUGAAAGUGAUUUAAGAAGACUUGAGGGAACCCUAAGCUCUAUCAAAGCCGUGAUCUCGGAUGCUGAGAAAAAGCAGGCAUGCAAUGAUCAGCUGCGUGACUGGCUUAGGAAGCUUAAGGAUGUUCUUCUUGAUGCUGAGGACGUUUUAGAAGAAUUCGAGUUUCAAGCUCCUAAGAGGGAAGUGGUGAGACAAAAGAGGAGCACAAUAAGAAAGGUAAGUCAAUUCUUUUCAAGCUCUAAUCCUGUUGUUCUUCGAUGUCAAAUUAGUCAUAAAAUCAAGGAGAUUAGAGAAAGGCUAGAUCAGAUCGCAAGUGAUAGGAGUAGAUUUUCUCUUAUUGAGAGUACUCCUGUUGAAGUUAGGCCUGUAAUUUUAAAGGGGAGGGAGACUGACCCCUUCUUGGGAGCUUCUUGUCCUAUUGGAAGAGAGGAUGAUAAAGAAAAGAUCAUGAGCUUUUUAUUGCAACCAACCGACAAUAAUGUUUAUGUCAUUUCAAUAGUUGGAAUUGGGGGUUUGGGUAAAACCACCCUUACUAAAAUGGUUUACAAUGCCGAAAGAGUAAAUAAGCUCUUUCCGUUAAAGAUGUGGACGUGCGUGUCAGAUGACUUCGAUUUCACCAGAUUAAUGAAAGAAAUGAUUUAUUCUGCAACACGUGAGGAUUGUAGUAAGUUAAAAGGAGAUGAAAUUCGUAAGCGUUUGCAUGAAAUUUUAACAGAUAAAAAGUUUUUGCUUGUCUUGGAUGAUGUUUGGAAUGAAAAGCCACAGAAAUGGAUAGAAUUGAAAGACUUACUAGUGAAUGGUGUCAAUGGAAGUAAAAUUAUUGUGAGCACACGAAGUAAAAAAGUUGCAGAAAUAAUGAGUACUGGUCCCUCACAUUUUCUGCAAGGCCUUUCCAAUGAGGAAUCCUUAUCAUUAUUUAAGAAGUAUGCGUUCAAAGAUGGGGAAGGGAAAGAUUUUCCAAGGCUCAUUGAAAUUGGGAAGGACAUUGUAGGAAAAUGUAAAGGAGUUCCGUUGGCUGUGAGAUCUUUAGGGAGCUUACUUUAUGCAAACACAGACGAACAUGAGUGGUUGAAAAUAAAAGGAAAUAACAUCUGGCAGGUGGAUCAAGAUAAUGAAGACAUCUUACCAGUAUUGAAAUUAAGCUACGAUCAUUUGUCAUCUCCCUUGAAGCGAUGUUUUACUUAUCUUUGCUUGUUUCCAAAGGACUACGAGUAUAUCAAUUUGCACGUGGCCCAAUAUUGGAUGGCACUUGGACUUCUUAAAACCUCUGAUAAAAAUGAAGAGCUAGAAGAUGUUGCUAAUCAAUAUAUGAUAGUUUUAUGGUCAAGGGGUUUCUUAGAGGAUUUCUUGGAUUAUAAUGUUCAUUGGACAUUCAAAAUGCAUGAUCUUAUGCAUGAUCUUGCAAUAUCAAUGACAGAAAGUGAGUUUGCAUUCAUAAAUGUUGGAAGCCACAAAGUUGAUGGGAAAUUGCGGCAUUUUUCACAUGGUGACACAGAGUUAUGUGGUGAAGAAUUUCUACAACGCAUAGAUGAUAACUCAAGGAGUGUUCGAAGCAUUGUCUUUCCAGCAGCAGAGAAAUACGGAGAUGCACGUAUUAUUGGAUCAUUUAUUAGAAAAGAUAUCUCCAAAUUCAAGUACGUCCGACUACUACACUUGUGUAGUAUACUUUUUGAAGUGUUGCCAAAUUCUAUCUGUACAUUGAGACAUUUGAGGUACCUUGAUCUAGCUUGUAAUGAUUCAUUGAAGAAGAUCCCUGAAUCUAUUUGCGAGCUUCAGAACUUGCAAAUGUUAAGACUUUAUGGUUGUUCUGGGCUUAGGAAGUUGCCGAAUAACAUACGAAAGAUGAUAUGCCUUAGGCACUUGGAAAUAGCCACACAAGAGGAAGUUCUUCCUGAAAAUGGAAUUGGAUGUUUGAGUUCCCUUCAAUUUUUGUACUUAUGUGAGUGCAACAGUCUACGAAGUUUGUGUGAAGGGAUGCAAGGUCUGAAAAGCCUCCGAAAGUUGUUUCUAACCGACAAUCCUAUGAUCUUGUCAUUACCAGAUACUAUCAAAUACUUGACAAAAUUAGAGGCUUUAGCGAUUAGGAGUUGCCCCAAGAUUAAUUUGAAGAUGGAACUGCAAGGAGAAGAUCAUGAGUUGAGGCUGGGUCUUAAAAAAUUCAUAAUUAAGAAAUUAGAAUCAUUGGUGGAUUUGCCCCAGCUUCUUCUUCAAGCAUCUGCUGACACUCUAAAAUACAUGCAGAUUAAAGACUGUGGAAACUUAGAAGCACUACCGGAGUGGUUUCAAAAUCUCACAUCACUUGAAAAACUUGAGAUUACAAGAUGCCACAAAUUGUCAUCUCUUCCAGAAGGGAUAGAACGCCUUACUUCCCUCAAGGAAUUGAAGAUUGAAGGUUGUCCUAGUCUGAUUGAAAGCUGCAGAAAUGAUGAGUUGAAGAUUGCUCAUGUUCCAGUGGUUCGUCUUAUUGAUGAAUAA